UUUUCUUUCUUUCUUUCUCGGCUUCUAGCUCUCUUUCUUUGCCUCGGCAGCUGGCCGAGGGGGCGGGCCUUGCAGUCUUUGUUGCCGGAGGAGCGAGUGCAGCUGCCCGCCGGCCAGAGUCGGGACCUGGACCUUGGGAACUGCCUGCGGCCAGGCAUGUCUUGAGUCGGACCCAGGCCCAGCCGAGACUCAAAAGCGACGGACGAAGGAGUGCGCGAAGAGUCGUCCAGCGGCCACUGGGCUCUGGCCAUGCACCGAAGUCCGAGUCUCCUCCUGAUCCUGUGCGCUCUGGUGCCCGAUGUCCCGGGACCUGCAUCAGGUCUCGCAGCCGAGGGCCGAGCGGGUUUGGACAUCGUUCACCCUGUGCGCGUGGACGCUGGAGGCUCCUUCCUGUCCUAUGAGCUGUGGCCACGGGUGCUGCGCAAGCGCGAUGUGUCUGCCACGAAGGCUUCAUCUACUUUCUAUCAGCUGCAGUACCAAGGGCGGGAGCUGCUCUUCAACAUGACCACCAACCCUUAUCUCCUGGCACCCGGCUUUGUGAGUGAAAUCCGGCGCCGCAACAGCCUAGGCCACGUGCACAUCCGAACCCAGGCCCCAAACUGCCAUUUGCUCGGUGAUGUUCAGGACCCGGAGCUGGAAGGAGGCUUUGCAGCCAUCAGCGCCUGUGACGGCCUAAGAGGUGUGUUCCAGCUCUCUAAUGAAGACUACUUUAUCGAGCCUCUGAAUGGAGUGUCAGCUCAGCCUGGACAUGCCCAGCCGCAUGUGGUGUACAAGCAUCAGGACCCUGGGCGACGGGCCCAGCAGGGUGACUCAAGGGCUCCAGGCACCUGUGGGGUGCAAGUGUCCUCAGAGCUAGAGCACAGGCGGGAACGUUGGGAAGAGCGGCAUCAGAAGCGGAGGCAGCAGCGAUCAAUCAGCAAAGAGAAGUGGGUGGAGACCCUGGUAGUGGCUGAUGCCAAGAUGGUAGAGUACCACGGACAGCCGCAAGUGGAGAGCUAUGUGCUGACGAUCAUGAACAUGGUGGCUGGACUGUUUCAUGAUCCAAGCAUUGGGAACCGCAUUCACAUCACCAUCGUGCGCCUUAUCCUGCUGGAAGAUGAGGAGGAGGAUUUGAAGAUCACACACCAUGCAGACAACACCCUGAGGAACUUCUGCAAGUGGCAGAAGAACAUCAACAUGAAAGGGGACAGCCACCCACAGCACCAUGACACUGCCAUCCUCCUCACCAGGAAGGAUUUGUGUGCCGCCAUGAACCACCCCUGUGAAACCCUGGGUCUGUCUCACGUGGCUGGCAUGUGCCACCCGCAGCUCAGCUGUAGUGUCAGUGAGGAUACCGGCCUGCCGCUGGCCUUCACUGUGGCCCACGAGCUAGGACACAGUUUUGGCAUUCAGCAUGACGGCAGCGGCAAUGACUGUGAGUCCAUUGGGAAACGGCCUUUCAUCAUGUCUCCACAGCUCCUGUAUGACAGAGGCAUUCCCCUCAUCUGGUCCCGCUGCAGCCGAGAGUACAUCACCAGGUUUCUCGACCGUGGGUGGGGCUUGUGCUUGGAUGACACUCCAGCCAAGGAUGUCAUUGGCUACCCCUCGGUGCUUCCUGGUGUCCUGUAUGAUGUGAACCAUCAGUGCCGCCUUCAGUAUGGGGCUUACUCAGCCUUUUGUGAGGACAUGGACAAUGUCUGCCACACGCUAUGGUGCUCUGUGGGGACCACCUGUCACUCCAAGCUGGAUGCGGCUGUGGAUGGCACAAGAUGUGGGAAGAACAAGUGGUGUCUCAAUGGAGAGUGCGUCCCUGAGGGCUUCCAGCCUGAGGCGGUGGACGGUGGCUGGUCCGGCUGGAGUGCCUGGUCUGUCUGCUCGAGGAGCUGUGGCGUGGGUGUACGGAGUGCUGAACGGCAGUGCACGCAGCCUGUGCCUAAGCACAGAGGCAAGUACUGUGUUGGGGAGCGGAAGCGGUUCCGGCUCUGCAACCUGCCAGCCUGCCCUGCUGGCCGGCCCUCUUUCCGCCACACCCAGUGUAGCCAAUUUGAUGGCAUGCCGUACAAGGGCCAGCUGCAUACAUGGGUGCCUGUGAUCAAUGAUGAGAACCCCUGUGAGCUGCACUGCCGACCCUACAACCAAUCUAAUACGGAGAAGCUGAGGGAUGCCGUGGUGGAUGGCACCCCUUGCUACCAAGGCCGGGUCAGCCGUGAUGUCUGCAUCAAUGGCAUCUGCAAGAACGUGGGCUGCGACUUCGAGAUUGACUCUGGUGCCGUGGAGGACCGCUGUGGUGUUUGCCAGGGCAAUGGCUCCACUUGCCACACUGUGAGCAGGACCUUCAAGGAGGCAGAGGGUCUAGGGUAUGUGGAUGUAGGGCUGAUCCCAGUUGGAGCCCGAGAAAUCCUCAUUAAGGAGGUGGCUGAAGCUGCCAACUUCCUGGCCCUUCGGAGCGAGGACCCAGAUAAGUACUUCCUCAACGGCGGCUGGACCAUCCAGUGGAAUGGCGACUACCAGGUGGCGGGUACAACCUUCACCUAUGCGCGUCUGGGCAACUGGGAGAACCUCACGUCCCCAGGCCCCACCACUGAGCCUGUCUGGAUCCAGCUGCUGUUCCAGGAGAGCAAUCCUGGGGUGCACUAUGAGUAUACCAUCCACAUGGACAGCCACCAUGACGUCAAGCCACCUGAGUUCUCCUGGCAUUACGGGCCCUGGAGCAAGUGCACUGUCACCUGUGGCACAGGUGUGCAGAGGCAGAGCUUGUACUGCAUAGAGAGGCAGGCCGGAAGGGUGGAUGAGCAACAUUGUGAGCAUCUACAUCGGCCCGAUGACCGCCAGAGGAAGUGCAGUGAGGAGCCCUGUCCCGCCAGGUGGUGGGCAGGGGAGUGGCAGCCGUGUUCCCGAUCCUGCGGACCUGGAGGCCUGUCUCGACGGGCUGUGCUCUGCAUACGCAGCGUAGGGCUGGAUGAACAGCGUGCCCUUGAUCCAGCUGCGUGUGAACAUCUCCCCCGGCCCUUGGCUGAGACCCCAUGCAACUAUUAUGUACCUUGUCCUGCCACUUGGGGUGUGGGGAACUGGUCUCAGUGCUCUGUGACAUGUGGCGCCGGCAUCCGGCAGAGAACUGUCCUCUGCAUCAAUAAUACUGCUGUCCCCUGUGUCGAAGCUGAGCGACCGGCGACUGUGGCCGUUUGUUUUCUGCCUCCCUGCCAUCACACCAUGUACACAGGGUACACAGAUGGCUCUGGCAGCGGUUCCUCCAGCCCCGAGCUCUUCAAUGAAGUUGACUUCAUCCCACACCGGCCGGCCCCACGCCCUUCACCGGCAUCUUCACCCAAGCCGGUCAGCAUCAGCAACGCUAUUGAUGAGGCGGACCUUGAUCCGCCAGGGCCUGUGUUUGUGGAUGACUUCUAUUAUGACUACAAUUUCAUUAACUUCCAUGAAGACCUGUCUUACAGCCGCUUUGAGGAACCCCAACCAGGCUUGGCUGAUACAGGGAACUGGAUAGCACCAUCCCACAUCAGACCCUCUGAAACCUCCUCAGAUACUCUGGUGCCUACGGCAGGGGCUCCUGGAGCUAAAGAAGAGAGAGUUCAGGGAGCUUGGUCCCCUAGCCCUUCACUCAACCAGGCUAGCCAUUUCCCACCUGUAUUUAUAGAGCAGACCCCUGCGAACCCCUUGGCCAAUUUCUUGUCUGAGGAAGAUACUCCCAUAGAGGCCCCUGAACUUGAGCUCCCCAGCUUACCCUGGCCCCCUGCUUCAGCUGAUGGUAUGCUGACACCUGUUGCCCCUGGAAACUCUGAUGAAUUGCUAGUGAGAGGAGAUGAGCAGGGCCAGACACCCACUCCCAAAGACAUGAACACCUUGGGUCGUAUAUCAUCUCCGUUGCCCAAAAGCUCUGGCCCCACACAGCCCUCUUCACCCUCCAUCAGCACCAGUCAAGCUUCUCCUAGUCCUGAUGUGGAGGAGAUGUGGACAGAAGAGACUGUGACUUGGGACCCUGUGCUAGAGGAUGACCUCAAGCCUGUGCAUAGUGAACUGGAACCCACUGUGGAGGCGGCUCCUCCUCAGCUUCCUCUCCUGGCCACUGUUCCAGGUCUCUGGGGCAGGGACAGCUCCCUGGAGCCAGAGAUUCCCACCCUUUCAACCUCAGGACCGGGUUCACAGAACCUGAAAACUCUGGCAUUGCCAGGGACCCUCCUUUUGACAGAACCAACUGAUCUCAGGAGUUCGGGACCAUUGGGCCAGCCACAGCCCCCUAAAGCUGAGGGGACCCUGAGUCCUGGGCUGCUGCCUAGUUCAGCUCAGGAGACUCAAACCAACAGCAGCAAGGACCCUGAGGUCCAGCUUUCGCAGCCGAGCCUGGUGGAGGACGGGUCCCCUGCAGAUUCACCGCCUGCCAAGAAUGCCAGUUGGCAAGUGGGAAACUGGAGCCAGUGUUCCACCACCUGCGGCCUGGGCGCCACCUGGAGGCUGGUGCGCUGCAGCACCGGCAAUGAUGAGGACUGUAUCCCAUCCAGCAGGCCCCAGCCGGCCCGCCAUUGUCACCUGAGGCCCUGUGCUGCCUGGCGCUCGGGCAACUGGAGUAAGUGCUCUCGCAACUGUGGUGGAGGUUACUCUACAAGGGACGUACAGUGUGUGGACACACGGGACCUCAGGCCACUACGGCCCUUCCACUGCCAGCCUGGACCUACCAAGCCACCCACUCGACAGCUUUGCGGCACCAAGCCCUGUCUCAGCUGGUACACCUCUUCCUGGAGAGAGUGUUCCGAGGCUUGUGGUGGCGGUGAACAGCAGCGUCUGGUGACAUGUCCAGAGCCAGGCCUCUGUGAGGAGUCGCUGAGACCCAACAGCACAAGGCCCUGCAACACCCACCCCUGCACACAGUGGGUGGUGGGGCCCUGGGGUCAGUGCUCAGCCCCCUGUGGUGGUGGUGUUCAGCGGCGUCUGGUCAAAUGUGUGAACACUCAGACAGGCUUGGCAGAGGAAGACAGUGACCAGUGCGGCCAUGAGGCCUGGCCUGAGAGUUCACAGCCAUGUGCCACUGAGGACUGUGAGCUGGUUGAGCUACCACGUUGUGAGCGGGAUCGCCUAUCCUUCAGUUUCUGUGAGACACUGCGCCUACUGGGCCGCUGCCAGCUGCCCACCAUCCGAGCUCAGUGCUGUCGCUCAUGUCCCCCACUCAGCCGUGGUGUCCCUUCCCGAGGCCAUCAGCGGGUGGCCAGACGCUAAACAGAGUCCUGGCCUACACCAACGCACAUCAGGAUGCACAGACAAACUGACCCAUGACACACAGACCUCAGCGCCCCACCACAGGCUGCGGUGGAGCCCCGCUCCUCGUGCCCUAAUGGUGCUAACCCCACCCCUGCACAAUGGCAGGCUGGGGACCUCCCCCUUCCUCUCAGAAAAGGUAUUUUUUUAUUCUAACAGUUUGCACAUUUGUUAUUGUUUUACAUAAAUGAGUAUCUACCCUUUCAAAA